AUGAGAUGUUUUAUUCCAAGAUGUAAGCGUGAAGUUAACUUUUUAUGUCGAUGCACUUCUCCUGAGGUUUAUUCUUGCAAAAAGCACUUAGAAAAGCUUCGUAAAUCUAUUAAUAAGCCUCAUCCUUAUAUUUCACUCAUUUUCCAACCCUUUGCAGAAACGACAGAAGCACUACUUGGAUUUCUUGCAGAAGAAAAAUUCAAAGUUGACAAAUUAAAAGCCAAAAUAAUUGCCUUAUUUAGUAAAAGUCUUUGAAGUCUAGAAAAUGCCUUUGGUAGUCUUCUAAAAGAACUAGACUCUGAUGCAGCAAAAAUUAAGAACUAUUUUGAAGAGGUUAGCAAAGUAAAAAAAUUAGAGAAUUCAGCUGUAAUCUCCUAUGAAGCUGUUAUGGAAGCAGCAAAAAUAUUUGUACAAAAAUCAGAUAAUGCAGAGUUUUUCUAUGAAAUUAGCAACGAAAUUAAUACAACAAUUAAGAAUUUUAAUGAAGAAUUGCGUAUUUUAGUCUCUGCUGAGCAGCUCACUUUGAAAAAGUAUGAAAUUGAUGAAAGUUGCGAUAUUGCAUUUAGCGACAAAGGAGACACUUUCUGCAAUGGAAUGAGAUAUAAAGAAGCAAUGAGGGCGUGCAGCCUUCUUGAAUUCAAUUCAAAAGACCCAUAUUAUAAUACAACCCGCGGGCAUAAUCACAUUCAUUUGUCACAAAUAGAAAUAGAAAAAGCUAUGCAGCUAUACAAAGAAGCUAUUCAAAUUCUUCCAGACAGUCAUGAGGCAUGCAAUGGCAUAGGAUGCAUAUUAUAUAAUGAAAUGAAAUAUGAAGAAGCUAUAGAAUAUUUUGAUAAUGCAAUUAGAAUUGAUCCAAACUGUGCAGAUUAUUAUAAGAACAAAGGAUUUGCUUUUAAGAGGCUAGGCAGAAGAGAAGAAGCUAUAAAAUGCUUUAAAGAGGCGGCUAAUAAAGAAUAUUUUUAA